CAGCGUGGUGGGUGGAGGACGAUUUUUUGUUUAUUUUCGUGGCCAGCUAGCCAGCUAGCGCGUUGGUGUUAGCUCACACGGAUUUUCACAUUUUUAUUCAAGUGCACCAAGUCGAACAGAUAAACGAGCGCGGCUUCAGCUAAUAUGAUACUCUAAUUUUUCGUGAGGUGGUUUUGGGCCCGACACAGCAGAAGGUUAGCGAGCGAGCUAGCUUCAAGUUGAUGAAUGCGCGUUAGCGUUACGUGUUAGCGUACGAGCUAGCCAGCGAGCUACACUAAUAUUAACGUAAGCCAGUUAACGCUAUAUAGCGUAUCGCUAUUUAGGUAGAUAAAACCACUCACUUAUUAUCUUCUACUACUGGGACUAACACUACUGCGCGAAGAAAUCACGGUUGCGGAGCGUGGGCUGCGUUGGAUUAACAGUAAUUUCACCGUGUCACUUCUACUUGUAAAGGAAUAGAGGAUAGAACUGGAAAGCCUCCCAAAGGUUGAGACCUAAGGAGCAACAUGUCAAUCACAAACACUCCCACAAGCAACGAUGCCUGCCUGAGCAUUGUGCACAGCCUCAUGUGCCACCGGCAGGGGGGAGAGAGCGAAAGCUUUGCCAAGCGGGCCAUCGAGAGUCUUGUCAAGAAGCUGAAGGAGAAGAAAGAUGAGCUGGAUUCCCUCAUCACAGCUAUCACUACGAAUGGGGCUCAUCCUAGCAAGUGUGUAACCAUACAGCGAACUCUGGAUGGACGCCUACAGGUUGCAGGGCGUAAAGGGUUUCCCCAUGUUGUCUACGCACGACUGUGGCGAUGGCCGGAUUUACACAAGAACGAGUUAAAACACGUAAAAUACUGCCAGUAUGCCUUUGACCUGAAAUGUGACAAUGUUUGUGUCAAUCCAUACCACUACGAGAGGGUUGUCUCUCCAGGAAUUGACUUAUCAGGGCUCAGCAUCACAAAUCCAGGUCCGCUCUUGGUAAAGGACGAAUAUGACUAUGAUAACCAGCAAUCUCACUCCAGCUCUGAAAGCCACCUGCAGACUAUCCAGCAUCCACCGUCAAGGCCGGGUCCACAGGAGACAUUCAGCAGCCCGGCUCUUCUACCGCCAUCGGAGGGCAGCAGUUCAGCUUCAACCUCUGCUUUCUCAACUAUCAGUGCUGGACCUUCAAAUCCUCCCCCCAACUGGACCAGAGGCAGCAGCUUCACUCCUGCUGUGCCUCAACACCAGAAUGGGCAUCUACAGCAUCAUCCACCCAUGCCUCACACGGGACAUUACUGGCCUGUUACCAAUGAAAUUGCAUUCCAGCCCCCCAUAUCCAAUCAUCCUGCUCCAGAAUACUGGUGCUCCAUUGCGUACUUUGAGAUGGAUGUCCAGGUCGGAGAGACGUUUAAGGUGCCGUCCACAUGUCCCAUAGUGACUGUGGACGGUUAUGUGGAUCCAUCAGGAGGGGAUCGCUUCUGCUUGGGUCAGCUGAGCAACGUCCACAGGACGGAGAACAUCGAGAGAGCCAGACUUCACAUCGGCAAAGGCGUGCAGCUGGAGUGUAAAGGGGAAGGAGACGUGUGGGUGCGCUGUUUGAGCGAUCAUGCAGUGUUUGUGCAGAGCUACUAUUUGGACCGAGAGGCUGGACGUGCUCCUGGUGACGCAGUGCACAAGAUCUACCCCAGUGCUUACAUCAAGGUGUUCGACUUGCGUCAGUGCCACCGGCAGAUGCAGCAGCAGGCAGCGACAGCUCAGGCAGCAGCUGCAGCGCAGGCAGCGGCGGUGGCCGGGAACAUUCCUGGGCCCGGCUCUGUGGGAGGCAUCGCCCCUGCCAUCAGUUUGUCUGCUGCUGCAGGCAUUGGGGUUGAUGACCUGCGCAGGCUGUGCAUCCUGCGGAUGAGCUUCGUGAAGGGCUGGGGGCCCGACUACCCACGGCAAAGCAUCAAAGAGACGCCGUGCUGGAUCGAGAUCCAUUUACACCGAGCUCUGCAACUACUGGAUGAAGUUCUGCACACCAUGCCCAUAGCUGACCCUCAACCUCUUGACUGAGUUAAAAGACAUGAACUGUACAAAAAAUGAGAAAAGAACAAAAGAAAAAAAAAGAAAAAAAAAAAAAAGAAUCAAGUCUGUACUUUUAGCAGACCGCUCCACCUGUAGGCCUGGAGCGCCCAAGGAGGACUGCAGACACUGGCUAUGCUGAGUAGGUUGUAGGAUCAAGGACGUAAACGCCGGCAGUAUAUUCCAAACGCUUUCAAAUCCAGCGCUGCAAGCAGUUGCGGGUACGCCGAGCGAGACUCCAGGUCUGUAAGUUCAGCGACUUCCAAACAACAGCUGGAGGAACAUGUGAGUCACACUGGAAACAUGCCGGCAAGAGCAUGAAAUAGGAAGCCAGGAUUCUGACAUUGUCCUCUAAUUGGAGUAAAGUGAACGAGGCCUGUGGAGCUCGCUGCAGAUAAAGAACUGAGGUUAAAAGAGGCAAUAAUCAUUCUGUUAGUCCCAGUGCUGUGUGAAACAAACACCACAAGAGAGUGUCCAAGAAUAAAUAAUUCAGUUGUCUUUUGUUGUUUUUUUUUUUGUGUGUAUAUUUACGAUUUUUAAACUAUCUGGCUUCAACAAAAAAGUGAAGUCGAGCAUCAUGUGGCACAUAGCACUGGAUGCUAACCUGUUGUUUCCUAAAUGUGGUUUCAGCUGGAAUAUACUGCCGGUGCAGUCCUCCUUCGUUGGCCGCUCCACGGCCGAUGCAGCUUCACACCAGUGGAGUUAUUUCCCCUCUCACAGAUCAGGACAUUUAUGUAAAAUCAUGUUCUUACAUUAUUCAUGUUCUUGUAAAAUGUAAUCUUAAAUAUUUUUCAAUGCUCACAGCCCCUCCCCCCUUUUGAUGUGUUUUCUUUGAUUUAAUAUCCUCCUUUCAGAUUGUUUUUAUUGACACAAAGAGCAUUUGAAAAGCGAGUUAAAAGCUGAACGCGGCUUCUUUUUCAACAUCAUAAAAAGCUUCCGUUAUUCUACCACCAGUCAAGGCUGUUGUUUCAUUGAAAAGUGAUGUUUUGUAUUGAGAAAUUUCAAACCCCAAAUUUAAUCGAAAUGAUAAAAUAUCCUCCCCCCUCCCAAAAAAAAAAAAGAAAAAAGACUAUAACGCCUGCAUUAAUAUUAUCUUAUUGUCAUUUUUGUUUUGGAUUAGAUGCCCACAUAGUGUCCAUUAGCACUUUAUUAACUUUUCUUUCGUCUCGUUUCAUAUAGUCUCAUUUGUGGUUACUUGUUGUACCCAUAUAAUCUCUUAGCAUAGUCGAAACCUUUUUCUUGCUAUUGAUGAAAUCCAUGAAAAUAUGUGGUUCAGUGUGCCGCCUGCCCGAAAAUCCUCAUCCAGUAUCGAGUUGGAAAAGGUGCAUCUUUGAUACUGAAGAGACGUUUUUGGGUGGAGCGUCACUUCUAAGAUGACUCCACCACCCACCCACCCACUUCAAUUAGAGAACAACUUGGAUGACACUUAUUCUAGACAACAGCUGAGUAAGCGAGGAGAGAACUGUGAGAGGAAGUGUAAGCCAUAUUGAUGCCAAAUAUACUAUAUAAAAGUUAAAAGAAGAUAUCAGAUUAAGUCAUUUCAGUAUUACGUCGCUCGUGAAGGCUUCCUUUGAAUUAUCCGAACCAUUUUUUUUUUUUUGCUCGGCACUAUUUGAUCAAACGAUAUUUUGGUAUUUGGAGCUCUGUUUACCUACAGCUGUUGCAGUAUUUUAUACUCUUUUUGCUACCUUUACAGUGAUGAACCAUUCUGGUCAUAAUCAAAAAGAAGUUAUUUAAAAAGAAAAAACAAAAAAAAGAAGAAGAAUGCUGUACAAUUUUCAGGAAAUGCAAGUUCAUCUUAAUCUUUACAAUUAUGUCAUACAAUCUCAAUACAUAAUGGAGUUUGAAUGAUAUUGGUGUUUAUAUAUGUAUGAAUAUGGUUGAAUAAAAUUUAAUGGGCUAACCUUUA